UGUAAAGUGUGAUCGAUAAGUAAACACACCAAUGAUAGGUGAAACGCUCACCACCGCACUAAAUUCUUUGACCUUGUAUGACUGUCUUUGUUUUAUCCACCAAUCACAAUUUUACGUUCAUUCUGAAACAAUAUUCCCCCUUUUUGACUUACUUUUCCUAUUCUCCAGUUACUGCUCGGUAUGUCAUUUGUAUUUCUCCCUUUCACUAUGUAAUAGACUGUUUAUUCGCAUACUAAUGUUGUUAAUUUACGUUUUAGAAACAGAUAAAGUUUAUUAAGCCAAAUAGCUUACUUGUUUUGACUUUGGCGAAACCAAGACUCUGUAUUCGACAGUUUAGAGAAUAGCUUAAAGUUACACCUGUAGGAAAUUGCUUCCUACAAAGUUUCGAGCAGUAAACUUCGAUAUACUUACUGAAAUGGCUUCUAAUAAAUACUACGAUCCCGAUGAUAUUCCAGAGUUAUCACCCCAUCGUCUGGGAGUUUAUGAUGAGGACCAACUUGAAAAGGACAAACCCGAAACUAAUAGCAUGAUAGAAUUAGAGUUAGCUAGACUACGUAUAACUCAGUUAGAAAAGUUACGUCGCCAGGGAAGUGAGGGUUUCGGUCGAUCAAUAAACAACAGCGAGGAUGUAAUAUUAAAAAAUCUGUAUUUACCAAAAAGGGAAAUCUUAAGAUUCGAUGGUACACCAAUAAAUUACUGGAAUUUUAUUAGAAAUUUCGAGGAAUGCAUCGGAUGCGGGAAUAUUGGAUUUAGAGCUAAACUAAAUUACUUGAUUCAAUAUUGUGACGGCGAAGCGAAAGCCGCCAUUCUUCAUUGUGCUAUACUAGAACCAGAAAUAGGCUAUCAUCAAGCCUUAAAGCUUUUAGAAGAAACCUUUGGUCAAAAGCACAUAAUAGCACGCACGUUCAUCGACAACUUGCUAAAUUUUCCCAAUAUAAAAAGGAACCAACCAGUUGGUUUAAGAAAAUUGUCCCGGGAAAUGCAAGCAUGCUGUUUGACUCUCGAACAAAUGAAUUACGUUUCUGACCUGAACUCUACCAGAACUAUUGAAGCUAUGGUUCUGAAAUUACCGACGCAUGUUCAACAAAAGUGGUUAAAGACAGCUUAUAAGAUUAUCAGAGGAGGUCGUGAGCCUCUGUUCGCCGACCUUACUGCCUUUGUAAAGGAACAAGCCGAUAUGGCUAAUACUCGAUAUGGAUUACUCGUCAAUCGCGGUAGUAAUAGUGACAAUAGGGAUGUUGGGGUUUUAAAGGGUAGAAUUAGUUCAGAUUACAAUGCAGCAAGGAUAUCUUAUGCGAGUAUUAAUGAUGACAAUGUCCCUUCACUUAGUUCAUUUUGUUUGGAGUGCUCAGGUAAUCAUUCUAUAGAUCAGUGUCAGAAGUUUCAAGACAAGAAUGUUAGAGAAAGGAAAGAAUUCGUUCUUAGACACAAGUUAUGUAAUGUUUGUCUGAAGGCUAACCAUGUAGCAAAAAACUGUCGAUCGCCGAGGUCAUGUGUAGUUGAAGGAUGCAGUUGGAGACAUCAUACCCUGUUACACGAGAAGCAGGAAGAACAGAGAGAUAGCAAUAGUGAUGUUUACAUUAAUACUCAGUUCUGUACGGAGGGAAGUGUUAAGCGUAUGCAUAGACCAGUAGCAUUUGAAGUGGUGCCUGUAUGGUUAAAAAAUGGUGAGAAGAUUAUUCAGACUUGCGCCUUGCUAGAUAGUGGGUCAGAUGCGUCCCUCAUUGUUGAUGAUCUAGCUAAGGAGUUAAGCCUCGAGGGAAAACCGAAAACGGUGUCUUUAAAAACUAUUGAUAAUGAAUCGUCGUUGAUAUCCAAGGAGGUUGAUGUAGAGUUGCACUCGAUAGAUUUUUCGUCAUCUGUUAAGGUGCAGAAAGUGUUGACAGUCAAAAAACUACCGUCGGUUCACAGGACUGUGCUAACGGCAAAUCAAAUGGCAACCUGGUCUCAUUUAAAAGAUAUAAGUUUUCCGAGAGUAAAAAACGCGAAAGUCAAACUGUUGAUUGGGUGUAAUGUACCGAAUGUACACGAGAUGAAAGAGAUAAAAACCGGAAACACGAAUGAACCGUCUGCCGUGAGGACUCUAUUAGGUUGGACGUUGUUCGGUCCCUACGGGGAACUUCAUGGAAAAAAACGUGUACUUAAUUACCUCUCAGAUAAAGAGGAAUUAGAGGAUAAGUUUGAACAAUUGUACUCAACUGAAUUCAAAGAUCCAUUUAGUUGUACUACGCCGAUGGCUGUAGAAGACCGUAUAGCACUCAGUGCUAUAUCAAAUUCAGUGCAAAGGUUAAGUUGGCACUAUCAAAUAGCUCUGCCUUGGAGGCACGAACACAAGUUACCUAAUAAUAAGAAAUUAGCAGAACGUAGACUUAGCUGUUUAAAAGGUCGACUUAUUCGGGAUACUAAGUUCCUCCAAGACUAUACGAGCACUAUGACUCAGUAUAUAGAACGAGAUUAUGCCGAAAAGGUAAACGAUAACCACGUUGAUGGACGAAUUUGGUAUCUUUCUCAUCACCCUGUCUUUCAUCCCAAGAAGCCUAACAAAUUAAGAAUAGUUUUUGAUUGUGCAUCUCAGUAUGCUGGAACGUCUUUAAACAAGAAUUUUUAUUCUGGACCUGAUUUAGUCAAUAACCUAGUAGACGUAUUUACCAGGUUUCAGCAACGACCGAUAAGUCGUACAGCGGACAUUGAAGCCAUGUUCCAUCAAGUAGUAGUUCCGAUGCAUGAUCGAGAUGCUCUUAGGUAUUUGUGGUGGCCAGGUGGGGACUUAGAAAAAAAGUCAGAGAUCUAUAGAAUGAAAGUCUAUCUGUUCGGAGCAACCUCAUUGCCAUGUAGCGUCACGUUCGCCUUGCAGAAAACAAUUUCUGAUAAUCUAGAUAAAUUUCCCAGAGUUGUUACGCAAUUAGCUAAGGGACAGUUUUAUGUUGACGACUUAUUGAUAAGUAUGGAUGCUAUAGAAGAAGCUAAACUGACGUAUUCACAUCUCAAAGGACUCAUAAGUUUGGGAGGAUAUAAUUUAACUAAAUGGACUAGCAAUAAUAUUGAAGUGCUGGAGUUCGACCCAGAGGAAGACCGUACUGAAGGAAACGUUACCGUCUGCGAGUCUAAUGGGACGAGUAAGCGAACUCUGGGAAUCGAGUGGAACAUCCGAACAGAAGAAUCAUGUUUCAAGGUUCGUGAGUAUCAUGGAAACCUAACCAGAAGAAAUAUUUUGUCAUAUGUAGCAUCUAUUCGUGAUCCAGUAGGGCUUAUAGCCUCAAUAAUACUACCAGCCAAAAUGACCUUGUCGGCAGAAAUUAGACCGGGACGCAAAGUUACACAUAGAUUGUCAAGUGAAGUGGAACAUUUGGCGUAGACACAUAAAGGAGUCGAACUACUUAAGAAUACCAAAAUGUUUGAAAUCACAGUUUGAACCAUCAUCUCAGAUUAAUUGUUUUACCUAUGCUUCUGAGCUUGCGUAUGAUACUGUUACGUAUAUUCGUUAUGGAAGUGUUUCUCGUCAGAUCCAUUGCUCCUUUCUGGUAGCUAAUUUUAGAGUUGCUCCUCUAGAACUAGUCACUAUGCCCAGGAUGGAAUUAACAGUAUGUGUUUUCUGUACAAAAGUCGGGAAGUAUGCAAAAGAAGAGUUAAAUAUUCCCAUUUCAUCGGUCAUCUAUUGGACUAUUCCAAGAGCGCUUUUAUUUCAAAGUGUGCCGAUCGAUGAAGCUUUAAGGAUAUUAAAUAACAGACCACUAGUUAAAAUGACGGAUGAUCCUGGCACCCUAGAGGCUCCUAUACCGGAUAAAUCGUUGUUGAAUUACAGAGGAUUAUCAUCCGACGAUGUUUCUGUGGAUAAGACUUUCUUAUACAAUAAAAGAUGGAAAGAAGCUCGGAGGUUAACCACCGCAUUUUGGUAUAGGUGGAUAAUAAAAUAUCUAGCGACUCUCCAAACAAGAGAUAAAUGGUUAAACAUAUGCAAGAAUUUACAACCGGGCGACCAAGUUCUCGUUAGUAACUUUGAAACGAGCAGACGUCUAUGGUCUAAAGCCAUUGUCGGACAGGUAAGCUAUGGCCCAGUUGGACGAGAUCGUGUAGCAAGGUUGAGAAUGUCAAACGAAGAAAUCUCUCGGGAUGUGCGAAGCCUGUGUCCACUGGAAGAAGUCGGUUAUCUGACGGCGACAUACGACGACGGACGUGGUUCGCGUUUCAGGGGGGAGUGUAAAGUGUGAUCGAUAAGUAAACACACCAAUGAUAGGUGAAACGCUCACCACCGCACUAAAUUCUUUGACCUUGUAUGACUGUCUUUGUUUUAUCCACCAAUCACAAUUUUAUGUUCAUUCUGAAACAAUAUUCCCCCUUUUUGACUUACUUUUCCUAUUCUCCAGUUACUGCUCGGUAUGUCAUUUGUAUUUCUCCCUUUCACUAUGUAAUAGACUGUUUAUUCGCAUACUAAUGUUGUUAAUUUACGU